UUCGAAGAAUCAUUCCGUCUUUAUUUCCCAUUAUAUUCAAGAUAAAGCAUGUAGUAAUCGGUACACGUGCAUGACCUUUCCCGACAUUUGCCAGAAAGUUCCGUAAUAUGGUAAAUAUUUCUUGACUACAAGCACACUCUUACACUCUUACACCACGUUCAGUUUCAAUAAAUCUUUAAAACGAUACAGAUCGGAUGCAGAUUAUUUUCAAACGACAUAAUUUUAGACUUUUUAGAGACGAUUUUCCCAAAAAGAUCUGAAAGCUAUAAGACAGAGAAAAUUCAUCACUCACGGUGCAUUUCAUAAUUUCACAAGAUGUGUAAAGAAAGAGUUAUCAUGCCUUUUUUACUAUUGUCACUAAGUAACAGUCUAAUUUUUUCCGCAAAAAUAAAUACUGAUUAUAUAUUGGGCACGUAUAACAUAACACCAUUAUAUUACGAACUCAUUUUAAUGCCAGAAAUAGAAGAAGGUUUCUUUAGAGAAAUACAAUUUUAUAGUAGGUUUACUGAAAAUACUACGAUUGAUGGCUUUCUUCGAACUUCCUGUACAGACCUCAGUGGAAAUAAACAAUGGAUGAUAGUAACGCGAACUCAAAUGAGUGGACCACAAACAAUCUUUCCAUGUUGGAACAAUCCACGUUUCAAGACAGUUUUUAGCGUUUCUAUACGCCAUCCUAAAAACUAUAUGGCUUUCUCGAAUUCGAAAAUACGUAAUUCAACGUUUGACGGAGACAUGAUGUGGACGCACUUCGAAUCUACUCCUUCUAUAUCCCCACAUUGCAUAGCUAUCGUUGCAAUGCCCGAACACACUCCGUAUCGUGAUCAGUACGAUCAUGAUCACGUUAUGUUGUGGUCUUUAUUAGACAACUUUGCACAUCGGACUCAAUUAAACUUAACAUGGAACAUUAUUUGGAAAGUCAAGACGUAUUUAGAACAACUUAAUAUAUUAGACCAAUGCAAAGUUACGGAUACAAAUUACAUCGCUACAACUGAUUUUUCAGAAAAUGACGUCAUUGCGACUCAUGCUUUUGUUAUUUAUAGAGAACAACAUAUACUCUUUACCGAAAAUAUAUCUUCAGUUCAGGACAAAUUAAAUGUAAUAUCCUUCAUAGUACAGCAAAUGACAUAUCAGUGGAUUCUUCGAUCAAUAAGCUCAUUAUCUUGGUCUUCCUCUUGGUUACACGGCGCGACUAACUUUUUUAGCACAUAUAUACUUCGAAAGAUAGUUCCACAAUUAGAAUGGAUAAAUUCGUCAAUUCUAAUGAAAUAUGAAGAAAUAUAUUCCACAUCUUUUCAUUUUAAUGUGGAAGACGUAGUGGAAUUUAUAAUAUCUUUGAGAUCAACUGAUGAUUUCAGAAAUGUUCGAAAAGAGAAAACAAUUACUUCGUUAGAUUUUCUUAAAUCAAAGAUAGAGAAUAUAAUAAACCAAUAUAAAUUCUUAAACGUAUAG